AAAAAGUUCCGUGAAAUAAAAUUCAACCGCCUGCAGAAUCUUCUUCGCGGACUUCGCUUCUCAAAGGCUUUGCCAGAGAGAUAACCGCUCCGAUAGCUGAGUUACUUGGCGGUUUCCGUUCACAGGAGAUUUCUAUUGCCAAUCGUUUCGCGAUGUCGCAAAUAAAAACUGUUAAAGUCAGUAAUCUUUCCCUGGGAGCAACUGAACAAGACAUUAAGGAAUUUUUUUCUUUUUCUGGUGAUAUUGAAUAUGUUGAACUGAGGAGUCAUGAUGAACGAUCUCAAAUUGCUUAUGUCACCUUCAAGGAUGCACAAGGAGCUGAGACUGCUGCACUACUAUCGGGAGCAACAAUAGUUGAUUCGUCGGUUACAGUAACUUUGGAUCCAGAUUACGAGCUUCCACCAGCUGCUUUGACAUCACCUGUAACUGAAAGUAAGGCUCCUGGUGGUGCUGAAUCUGCUUUUAGAAAGGCAGAGGAUGUUGUCACCGGCAUGCUGGCCAGGGGCUUUGUCUUGGGGAAAGAUGCUGUCAGCAAAGCGAAGACAUUUGAUGAAACGCAUCAUUUAUCAUCAACUGCCUCAGCAAAAGUUGCAUCUUUUGAUCAGAAAAUUGGUUUCAGUGAGAAAAUAACUGCUGGUGCUUCAGCCAUGAGUGAUCGAGUUCGAGAAGUUGAUCAAAAGUUUCAGGUUUCAGAAAAAACCAAAACAGCAUUUGCAGCUGCCGAACAGAAGGUCAAUGAAGCAGGUUCUGCUAUCAUGAAAAAUCGCUAUAUACUCACUGGGGCAUCGUGGGUGACAGGUGCUUUCAGUAAGGUUGUUAAGGCAGCUGAGGAUGUAGGACAGAAGACAAAGGAGAAAGUGCACAAUACAGAGGAGGAACGGAAGCAAAAGGAUCAGCAUGCUCAGGUCCUCUCUGAGCCACCAGCAGCAGCACCAGCAACGGGUUCACAGAACCCGUCUAAGUCUUCUCCUGAGGGUUUGAUCCUUUAAUUUUUCUUCUUGUGUAUGGACCUCCUGGCAACUCUUUCCACUUGUAUAAUUUUUGUUCGUUUCUGCUUGAAAAUAUAGAACAGAUUUCACUAGUUACUUGGACAAGUUUGCAGUUAUUAGUUUUUCUUUUGCAAGAAAGAUAUGCUGAAAUACAUGGGUAUUUGAUGAUUUGUUUUUUA